AUGGGUUCAAAAACCAGUGGUGAUGCUGUGGAUUCAACCCAGCCAUUAGAAACGGAAACACCGACUGAGCCACUGACAGAACCGACUGAGACAGCAGCUGAAGCUCAAGCUGAACCAAUUGCAACAGCUCCCACAAAUGCGACACCCAAACUUCGAUCCAUUGCAUGGGAUAAUUUUAAAAGAACUGAAGCCGGGGAUAGGGCCAAAGUUCACCACUGUUCUACCUUGAUAAGUUGUAAGGGCAAGCAAGGUAAAAGUACUAGUGCUAUGUUAAACCAUUUGAAAAGAUGCAAAGCAAAGUUGGAUGAGGUUCAAGAUGAAGAGCGGCCGGGAAAGAAGAUUAAGCAGGUAACAUUGCAUAAUCAACCUAGAAGGGGUAGUGAUUCCACCGUUGUCAAUUCUUUUUUGCAUUUUGAUCAACCACAAUGUCGUAAAGCACUUGCAAAAUGGGUUGUUGUUGAUGAGAUGCCAUUGGAAUGA